AGUCUGUUUGAAGGUUUUAGACAAUGGAUUGUUGCAAGAAAAAACGCGUUAAAAAAGUAGCUAAACGGAAAAGUGAAAAAGUAAUUCAUUUGGACCCCGAUGCGCUACGAUAUUUGAGAUUCCGAAUUGGUGGAAAGUAUAUGGCAGAGCGUCAUAUGUUUUUGAAAAAAGAUCCGUCGAAGGAGAACUCAAUCAUUGUGUCGAAUAUUCCCGCAUUUGUUGGAGAGGGUGUGGUUCUGGCGAUUAUUGAUCAGUUUGCAUCAUUCGAGGUUGAAGAAUCGUUUGUUCAACGAAGCAACACCGCUGACAAUUCACUUUCUCAGGGACAAUUGACAAUGUCCAUCACUUUCGAUAAGCCCGAAGCAGUUAUUCAAACUCUGGCACUAUGCCAAGACGUAGGACCUUUUACGAUCACUGAUUUUCUUGAAGAUCCCGAGUUUCCUUCCGUACUAAAAGAUUCUACAACUCUCUAUCGCAAACUGUUCCCAUCUGAAGAGCAAAUUCAAGAAAUGGCCGAUACGUACGUCGAAAGAUAUGACACAGAACAAACAGAAGCAAGAAAAGAGGCGAAGAGAAAGUAUUCGGAGCCAGACGAGGACGGAUGGAUUACUGUUACUAAAGCCAAGAAAGCUGCAAAAUCGGUAAAACUGAAGAAAGAGGAUGUUCCUCUUAUUGGUGGAUUAAAUAACAAGAAGAAAAAGGUUGAUCUUGCAUAUUACACGUUCCAAAUUAAGAAAAAUCGUCAAGAGAAAGCUCAGGAACUCCUUAAGAAGUUUGAAGAGGACAGAAAACGGAUCACGCAGCUCAAACAGGCCCGCAACUUCAAGCCGAUAUAGCUUUUUAAACAUUUUUAUUUGUUAUCGUUGUUGAAAACUUGCUGUUACCCAUAAACUGUUAUCGC